CUCGGAUGGUAUAUAAAUCAUCUAUCAAUUGAGAUAACGAGCCCAGCACUUUGCAGCCCUUAAAGGGGGACUGUAACACGGCUUUAAAGUUCACUUGCACGGUGUUUGACACAUCUCAUUUGAAUUCUAAAAAUGCUGGUUAUUAUAUUAUCCACUGAAAUCACAGGACCCUACCUCAUUGGAUUCUCACAACAGUCCUUCAAGGUAUGGGCUGCUAUUAUGCGCGUUUUACCAAGGAGGAAACUGAGGCUUGCAGACUAUGAGUGACUGGCCCAGCGCCAUGCUGCUAGUAAGACUGUCUGGUCCUGAACACAGCUGCCAAGUUACCCCAUGAUGUCCAGGACGUGUGGUUCUCCAGAGCCCGAUGCUGGGGCAGCCUGUUCAGAGUCAGUGCCUGAAUCAGGAGCAGCUAUCUCAUCAGUGAAAAAGAACAUCCACAUUCUUGUGGGAGUCACGGGCAGUGUGGCCUCCUUAAAGCUGCCUCUUCUGGUCUCUGGCCUUUUAGCGAUUCCAGGGUUGGAAGUAGCGGUGGUGACCACGGAGAGAGCCAAACAUUUCUACAAGGCUUGCGAUGUUCCUGUCACCAUCUAUAGUGAUGCUGAUGAGUGGGAGAUGUGGAAGAGUCUCUCUGACCCCGUCCUGCACAUUGACCUUCGGAGAUGGGCGGACCUGCUGGUAGUUGCCCCUCUUGAUGCCAACACGCUGGGAAAGGUGGCCAGUGGCAUCUGUGACAAUUUGUUGACCUCAGUCAUCCGGGCCUGGGACCGAACAAAGCCCCUCCUCUUCUGCCCAGCCAUGAAUACCGCCAUGUGGGAACAUCCUGUCACAGCCCAGCACAUGGAGCAGCUGAAGGGCUUUGGCUACAUUGAGAUCCCCUGUGUGGCUAAGAAACUUGCCUGUGGAGAUGAAGGUUUGGGGGCCAUGGCUGAAGUUUGUACGAUUUUAGGGAAAGUGAAAGAAAUCCUUUUGGAACGGGACUUGCUACACCAGAGUUGAUCCAAGAAAUGGCCCCUGCACCAACCAGUUUUCCACAGAGAAGAAGAAGCACUUGCACUGACAAAGACAUUACAGGAGGGUCCAGUCCUGGGUGGAGUCCUGACCAAGCCCUGGAGUGCACUGUCAUAUCUGGGCCAUGUGCAAUCUGUAAGAAGCCAGGAUGAUGAGGAAAUUCCCUCCAUCUCAGGCUCAGGUCUGAUCUGGGGCCACCCUGGAGUGUCGUACACCUUCCCAGGAACAAAUGAGCCACCCAGGACAGAGGAGCAGGGAUCCAUUUGGCUUUCUUUUGGGGGCUCUUAUGGGACUGCGAUGGCAGUCCUCGCCAGCCUCCCUCCCCUAACACUGCCACUGUGCAAGAAAAUCAGGUUCUCUAAUGGAGGUUUAGAUUGUUUUCCUGGAAAGUGGAAAGGCUGGUGUCCAUUGCAGUGUUUUAUAUACUUAGGAAGAUUGAGAAAUUGAGAUAAAAGAAUUAUGUGCAUCAUGUAGGAACUGGUUUUAGUCUCAUUCUUGGCUAGAGGUCCACAGGGUUGUUGGACCCCCUGCUGUUGGGUUAAUGUCUUGUUUCACAGCCUGAGGACCCAGAGACCCCUUUUGAGAUCAGGGAACACAAUGUUUCUGCUCUUAUCUUGCUUCUCUCCUUUGAAACCAGAAAUCAUGUCUUCCCCCUGCCUAUCGCCUCAUGGUGCCAUCAUGGUGCCUCCAUCUAACAAGUAUUCAGUAAAUGUUUUUUGAAUUA